AUGGAUUGCAGCUCGUCUCUCCGGAGGAAACCCUCCAUGCCACCUUUUGCGGCUGCGCUCGUGCCAUUCAGACGCGUGGUGACCUUUCAGAAGAAGAUUGGAAAGAGAAGAAAGCACGCUGGCGGGCUGUGCUCUUGUCAGUGCCGUGCACAUUUUCGAUCAUUGCAGCACAAGAUAUCUGGAAGAUAUCUUACAACAAGAGGCAAGCUGUGCUCCAGGAGCAUGAAAGCCUUUCGCGCACUGCCAUGCAGGUGUCGAUGGAGGUUGCACAAAAAUGAAAGCCAUUAUGGAAGCCCAACAACCAGGCAAAGGGAAGUUCUCGGCGCAGCUCUUGGCACAGGAGUUGUUGAAAGCAGGUUUGCAACCCGUUGUGGGUGGCAGCAAGCAAGACGAAGAGGAGGCAGAUGGCGGCAGCCUGACACCUACCUUUAUUACCCAAGCGCUGAACGUCCACAAGUCUGUGAUGAGCCAGCCCAGAUGCGUGGAAUUGCUCAUGGACCUGGAGCAUCGCUUCGGGACCCGAAGUUGUUUCACAAGCUUUCGAAGCUUAACGUCCUUGCGCAGAAACCUGCUUCAGCCAAAUCUCGGAUUUGGGUGUUGGAAAGUCUGCAUGACUGGUUGUCUUACGGGAUGAUCAAAGUCGGUGACGUCAGCAAAGCAGUGUUGCAAGGUGACAGAACACAUUGUGGUUUUGUCUCACUCUUUGAAGCGAAGCAAAAGGUUCUCAACUACUUGCACGAAGACCUUCUUCCCAAAGCGGGUGUUCUGGAGUCAGACAGAUCCUUGCUGAAGGAAGCCUCAGCGGACCACGCCGCUUUCCGGUCACACAGUGGAGAUGGUGGUGAAGUGACUUGGCAGGCGCGCCUGCAAAAGAGCGGCAUUCUGAUCUUCGAACUUCUGGAGGACCUGGUCUAUGGACGCAAAUUUGACCAUGGUAUCCGCCAAGCUGCAAAGCUGGGCGGUACACCUGAGCAAGUUUUUGAACAGGAGCCAGUCAAAGAGGCAUGGCAGGCUAUCGUUCGGGAAAUCGCUAAGGAGUUGGAAGAGCGCAACGCUUUGCAACGGAAAGCGGAAGAGGAGCCGGAACAGGAGGAAGAAGAGCUGGCGACAGUCCGGAAAGCACCAACCAGCUUUCCUUUGCACAGCGCCAGCUACUGGCGCGCAGUGGCAAACCAGACAGUGAGGACGUACAUCACACUGGUGCCCGAGCCCAAAACGCAGGAAGGCGUUGUGACUGCCAUUGAACAGUCUUCCUUGAAGUCCAUUGCUGGCACUCAAGGUUCAGACUCCGUGCUGGUAUUCUUAGACAUGGACUCGUUAGGUGAGUCGCAAGGACCUGGUGCGCGCAAGCUAUUGCGCCGGAAGUUCACGGCGGACCUCCCACUUCUGCGAAAACUCAUUCAAGGGGCGAUGCUCGCUCGUGGAAGUCAGAAACGUGAAAAUUCGGAAGCGACUCGGGUCGUUGAAGGCGACUUAGUCAUGAUUCAUGACGGACUGGGGCACCCAGGAGGGGUGAAGGAGGCGAAGAACAUGUUUCGCCUCUCAAGUGCGAAAAAGGAAGCCGAUCUUGACUCCGAAGUGAGAGAAGUUUUGAUUGUUUUCGAUGACGAAAGCAUCAGACAGAGAAAGCAAAGAGUCAAAGGCUCCUAUACAUCCCACACCACUCUGCUGGUGGCCAGCGCCGCGCCUUUGGCGCAAAGCGUGCCUGAGAGGGCUUACGAGCACCAUCCGGGGCACACUACAUCAAAUAUCGUCCACGGUGUCAAGGCUCUGGCGCCGGCUGACAUGUGGUUUGCAAGCAGGACCGACAAGAUCGCCCUGCUCACUCCGGACCGGUGUGUCGACAUCACAGCUGAGGCUGCAGCAAAGGCAGGGGAUGCCACCUCGGUUCCUGAGAGCAUAUUCAGUGCUGCGCUGCUUCCUGUCGAAUUCUUUCGGGACGUGUUACGCGGACACGCGGCAAAGGGCAUGCUUGACUUGUCAGCGAGCCAGGGGUGCGCAGCUCAAUCAUGUCUUCUUGAAAGGCUGCCUUACGUAGGCUUUGUGCUGUCCGAACACCACGCCAAGCGCUUGGAAGUGCAACUGACGCAGUUCAUUGUCGAUGAAAUGCAGCGUGAGGGGUCGUCACACUAUCGACCAGAAGCAGCCCAAGCAACUUCGGCAGGCAAUGAGAGCGCUGAGAAACAUGCCUCAGGGGGCAACGUGCAGCCAAAGAAAAAGAACAAGAAACAAGAGGAUGGGCAAGAGGAAACACAGCCCAAGAAGAAACCGAAGAAGACCAAGAAGGAUGAGGAAGAAGAAGCCGGAGGAGAAGAAAAUGAGGGAGAAGAAACCGGAGAGAACAAAUCUCCGCUGCCUUGGUAG